AUGAGCGUGUGGCUGUACGCACCCAAUUUGAUCGGCUAUCUGAGACUGGCCCUCAUUUUGCUGGCCUUUACCCGCCUCUUUGAUGCCUUUCCCAAGUCCUUCCUCAUCAUUUACAGCCUACAAGCAGCACUCGACUGUGCGCCACGCUUCUCCCUGCCGGCCCUGGUCGAGACAAAAGAAGGCUUCACGUUAAGAACACCACGCUUGCAGUCUCACCUCUCUCUCUCUCUCUCUCUCUCUCUCUCUCUCUCUCUCUCCCUCUCCCUCUCCCUCCCUCCCUUUUGCCUUUGCCGUGCCCCUUAG